CUGGAAUGUUUGAAAUUACUCGCUGGGGGAGUGUACUCAAGUUCCUAUACGCGCGCGUAACGGGCAUGGUCGUUCAAAGUAAGAGCGGAGAUCUCUGACUCGCUAAUGUUUGAUGUUAUGUAUGUACCACUAUAUGUACUGCACAACCAGUAUUCCUUAGAAAUCGCAUACUCGCCGAUCCACUCAGAGGCACGCAACUCACUCUCUUCAACGCCUACUUGUCAACCCCUGAGCCGUCAGAUAGAGAUCGUUGAUGCAGCGAGUGCUAUUUCGCUUCGGUGAGCGACGUUAGAGUUAUCUUGCCUCUCUCUUUGAUCUGUUACGAGUCGUUUUGACCGCGAAGUUCUUCUUCUCAAUGUCGUUAAAGUUAUCGAAUAAAUAAACCCUAAACACUUUGCCCGUGGAUUUAGAGUUCCAAAUCUCUGCGUUUAAUUCUUGGGAUUUGAAUUCUGAGGAAAGGGGGAGGAUAAGAGGAGUUGAUUUGAUUUGAUUUGAUUUUUUUCUGGCGAGUCUUUGGUGGCUCUCAGUUAGGGUUUAGGGUUCCGCAGGGAAAUGAAGUCUCUGGGGAAGCUUCGGAGAUUCGCACUGCACAAGAGCGACGCCAAGGAGAAGAGAGAGUUUGUUCCUUCGGCACACUUGGAUGAGCUCGCUCAGGCUGCUCAGGAUAUGCAAGAGAUGAAAAAUUGCUAUGAUAGCUUACUUUCUGCAGCUGCUGCUACUGCAAACAGUGCAUACGAAUUCUCUGAGUCACUGCGGGAGAUGGGUGCUUGUCUACUGGAGAAGACCGCAUUACAUGAUGAUGAAGAAAGUGGUAGAGUUUUGCUAAUGUUGGGGAAAGCGCAGUUUGAACUUCAAAAACUUGUUGAUCACUAUCGUGCUCAUAUAUUCUCAACAAUUACAAAUCCGUCAGAGUCUCUUCUUAAUGAACUUCGGACAGUUGAGGAGAUGAAGAUACAAUGCGAUGAAAAGAGAGAAGUAUAUGAAUACAUGAUGGCACAACAGAGAGAAAAAGGAAGGUCAAAAAGUGGGAAAAGUGAAACUUUUACUGCACAGCAAUUGCAAGCAGCUCACGAAGAAUAUGAUGAGGAGGCAACCUUAUGUGUUUUUCGGUUGAAAUCUCUUAAGCAAGGGCAAUCUCGAAGUCUUCUAACACAAGCAGCUCGUCACCAUGCAGCUCAGUUGAAUUUCUUUCGGAGGGGACUCAAAUCACUUGAGGCUGUUGAGCCACAUGUUAGACUGGUUACGGAACAGCAACAUAUUGAUUACCAAUUCAGUGGACUUGAAGAUUAUGAUGUGGAAGAUGAGGAUGAUACUGAGAAUAGCUAUAAUGCUAAUGAUGCUGGGGAAUUGAGUUUUGACUAUAGACCAAAUAAGCCGGCGCUUGAUGGUGUUUUAACGUCAAGGAAUUCGAUGGAUGUGGAUGAAGCGGGCCCUUCAUUUCUCCGAACUUCAACAACUGAAAAUGCAGAGAUGAAUCUUGACAAAAACCAAGAGGAUCUCAGAGUGUCGAGUAGAGAACCUAGGGUGGGCAGCCAUUCAGCCCCAAUAUUUGCAGAAAAGAAGUUUGAUCCAGCAGAAAAAGUAAGAAAUAUGCAACCAUCAGCUACACGGAAGCCUCACACAUAUGUGCUGCCCACACCUGUUGAUGUAAAGGGUUCAAGUUCAUCAAGAACAAGUAGUCAAGUUCCUCGCUCACGACCAAGUGGACCCACCCACAACUUGUGGCAUUCUUCCCCAUUGGAAGAUAAGAAGCAUGAGAAGGAUUCUGGUGAUGGUAACUCGUCAGGGCCUGUCUCAAAAUCACAGUCAGUACUCAAAGAGAGCAACAUUAAUAACACCUCCACUCCGCUACCCCCGCCUUUGGCUGGGGGAGUUUCGCGUCCUCAGCUUGAUACAUUUAAUGCUUCUGAUACUAAAAAAAUCAAACGACAAGCUUUUUCUGGUCCAUUAGUUAGUAAGCCUGGAUCAACAAAGCCUCUUUUAUCUGCCAGUGGCCCCAUUUCACCUAUUGAAUUGCCCCAUUUAGUUUCUGGAAUGCUUUCUCGGUUGCCAAAUCCUCAGCCUUCUUCAUCUCCAAAAGUAUCGCCAAGUGCUUCACCUCCCCUCGUUUCUUCACCCAGGAUAAGUGAACUUCAUGAGCUUCCUAGACCCCCAGGUAAUUUAGCCUCCAAGGCAGCAAAAUCUCCUGGUUUAUUGGGUCACUCUGCUCCAUUGACCUUCAGAAAUCAGGAGCUUUCUGCAAUGAAUAAAAUCCCUUUGGAGACAUCGAGUGCGGCAUCUCCGCUUCCAACUCCACCAUUUGUCCCUCGGAGUUUCUCCAUACCCUCAAGUAGCCAGAGAGCAAUGGCAGUACAUGUUGGAAAGCUUUUGGAUUCUCCUCUAGCUCCGGACAAGGCUGAAGACGUUGCUUCACCUCCAUUGACACCUAUUUCCCUCACCAACAUUAAGCCUAAUGAAAUGUCCUCUCAGUCUGGUCAAAUCCGAGGUGAGUGAGUAAAUGCAGGUGGGAGCUGAAUUUUUUUUUUUUUUUUUUUUUUUUUUUGGUUGUGGAUCGGCCUGGCAGAAGAUUGUUUUGGGUCAUUAUCUUCAUGUUGGGUACAGGUCUGUAAAUAUGAUGUUUUAUGUAUUGUUUAGUUUCUCAUCUGCCUUUGUUCAUUGUUUGUCUAUUGAUAAUGAUGAGGACUAAAUUCAACCCCUUUUUUUUCCUCUUCUUUUUUCUACCAACCUUCAAACACCCAAUGUGGCGGAGGCAAGACGUGCCGCCGACCAACGUGGUACGCGGAAGGUUGGUGAACUAAAUUCUAUUCACUCAUGGCAUUGAAAUGUCUCACGUAUAUCUUCAAAUGAAGAAUUUUGUUUAUUUUUACCAA